AUGGAGGACGAGAAACACAGCGAAGCUUCGCCGAAACCCCUUCAACCGACCCCCUUCAGUAUCGCCGAUAUUCUGAGUCGAAAAAACACGGGCGCGGAUUCGAGGAGAUGCGAGAAGAUCCAAGCCACGAUCUCCAUGCCGGCGAGACGACACAAUAAUCGUGAAUAUGAACGCGUGGAGAACGAGCAGUUCGACGGUAGCUACGAUCACGAUCAGGUGAUUCAUUAUCCAAGAUUGCCCACUCCGGAGCUGAAUAUGGCGCACGAGCUGGAUAUCUUGAGGAGGAACUUGGCGCAGGCAAAUCUGUCAAAUUUCGGCGGCAUCCCGCACUUGACCCAAGGGACUUUUAAGAAUCACUUCGAGACCCUGGGUAACCUAACGGCCUAUCAAUCCGUUAAAGAACCGGAAACUUCGCACCGACAGCAAGACGAAGCCUUGGACAUGAGUAAAAAUAAAUAUCUAGACGAGGCGGAGGACGACGCGUACGAAUCGCAAAAUUCAGGCCAAAGUUUACAGAACAGGAAAAAGCGCAGCAGAGCGGCAUUCUCGCAUGCGCAAGUCUACGAGCUGGAAAGAAGAUUUGCCGCUCAAAAAUAUUUGUCGGGUCCAGAAAGGGCAGAUCUAGCACGUGGCUUGAAACUAACGGAGACGCAAGUGAAGAUCUGGUUUCAGAAUCGACGAUACAAGACUAAGCGGCGCCAACAGCAGGAAUUGGGCGCCCUCGUAAACUCUGGAAGCGCCAGGCGCGUGGCUGUACGCGUUCUGGUACAUCCGGACGAACAUCUGAGGGGAUUGCCUCUUCGUGGUUCCGGACAACUUCCCGGACAAAUGUCGAGCCCGCAGAUUCAUCCGGCGAACAAAGCGCUCGGUGGUUUCCCGUAUUAUUGUCUGCCAUAUCAUCCGCUACUCUGUCCGCCCAUGCAUGCCACUCAUGUUCAGGUACAAAACCCGAUCACAUCCGAUUUUGAUCCAAAUCAUAUCUCGAAAAUCAAGGACGAGAAGUGA